AAUUGACUCCAUUGUACCCUCCGUCGGCCAUCUUGGAUCCAGAGUGAGAGACAGACACAAGAACCGCCAGGAUGAACGUCGCUCGCGCUGCUGUCCGCACCUUCACCUCCACCUCAGCCCGCCGAGCUGCCACAGCAACUCACCCUGGCUAUGGCAAGAUCCGCAGCACCAUGAACAAAUUCCAGAUUGACAACGGAAUGCCCAUUCACCUGAAGGGAGGCGUUUUCGAUAACAUUCUGUUCGUAAGCACCUGCGUACUCAAUGCCGUCGGUAUUAGCAUGACUCUGGGAUUCAUAUACGAUAUGAGCUUCCCCAAGAAGGCUGAGUAAAGACUCAAUAGAAGAAAAAAGUUAUUUAUAUCAUCCUUCAACAAGACGGGUGCUUAAUAAUCUCGUGUAUAUAUGUCGGUCAUUGACAGAGUAAUUCCAUUGACAUUAUCAUAAAACUGUACAUGCCAGAUCAAUAAAUUUUAGAAAGGGAA